AUGCAACCUAGGAGGUGGGGGACCGCAGGCGACAGGGAAGGAGAACGCGGAGGCUCGGCAGAAGCAACAGAAGCUGCAACUGCAGCAGCAACUGCAGCAGCACCUGCAGCAGCAACUGCUGAGAACCAGACGCAGCUUUCGGUGUUCGUGCAGAUGGAGUAUUAUGGAUUGACACUGCAGCGGCUAGCAAAGGAGGGAAGAACGCUCAGAAUCGCAGAUGUAUGGCGGCUUUUUAUGCAGCUGCUGGAGGCGAUGGUUUGUGUGCACCGCGCUGGGACUUGCCACCGGGCCCUGCAUCCUUCGAAUGUUUUUCUGGUUGAGGGCCCGGAGGGCCUAAUCGUGAAGGCGAGUUUGGGGUCCUUUCUGCUGUCUUCUGUGGCUCUGGGAUGGCUGAGGUGUACAGACAGCUGA